AUGGCACGGCUCCAGGAUAAUGCCCGGGAACAUUGGGACUGGGAGAAAAGCCCAAUCCGCGUUUAUACCCCAGACCCGGAAGAGCUUAAGGAUGGCCUCCGGGAGGGGGAUGUGCCCGAACCUCGCCCUCCACCGCCUCCCAAAUGCGAUCAACUUGACGAGAUCGAAAAGGCAGCGAGCGAAGGAGACCUCUGCACUAUACAGCGCAUAUUCGAUCAAUUGCGCGGUACACCUGCCGGUGACUACUGGAUUCCACGCCAAACGAGCAGUCUAUUCCGUGCAGUUCGGACUGGUCAUACGGCUAUUGUCGAAUAUCUUCUAAGUCAAGGGUCUUCUCCGACGGUUAACCUUGCUAAAAUUGCCGUCGACAAUAAUGAUACGGCUAUACUUGAGCUGUUCCUCAAGUAUGGAUGGGAUAUUAACGAGCAGUUAGGAUGGUGUGAUCCGCCAGUACUUGGGUAA